GGGGAGCGCAUUGUGGGCAUGACUGGGAGUGAGGAGAAGGGAAACAGUAAAGAGAUUGGAGAGGAUGUGGAGGCUCUGAGAAUUAAUCCUGAGGGUGAUGGGGAGACACUGAAGGCUUUCCAGGAGGGGAGUGAUAUGGCCAGAUGUGGGUUUUAGGAAGAAAUUCUGGGCUCCGUGUGGAGCCUAAGCAGAGUGGGCAAUGCUGGCGAGAGGGGAGCCCAAGAAGAAGCUGUUGGGAUGGCCUAGGACAGAGAGAGAGGUCCAGGGAUCAGUCCAGGGUCAGCCUGGUCCAGGGGUGGAGAAGAAAGCACACAUCCGGGGGAGUUAGAGAAGACGGACAGACGGACAAAGGAGACGGCGAGCAACAGGUGUGGGGUGUUUGGCCUCGGCUCCGUGGCCCACAUGGUGCUAGGAGGUAAAAUGGGGAGCUACCUCGGUGUCAAUUUGGGCUUUGGCUUCGGAGUCACCAUGGGAGUGUACAUGGCGGGGAACAUCUCUGGGGCCCACAUGAACGCGGCCUUGACCUUCACCAGCUGUGCGCUAGGCCGCAUGUCCUGGAGGAGGUUUCCCGUGUACGUUCUGGGUCAGUUCCUCGGCUCCUUCAUGGCGGCGGCCACCAUCUACGGCCUCUUCUACACCGCUAUUAUCGACUUCUCGGGGGGAAAGCUGACGGUGACUGGCCCCACAGCCACUGCUAACAUUUUUGCCACCUACCUUCCUGACCACAUGACAUUGUGGAGGGGCUUCCUGGAUGAGGUGGUGGUGACUGGGAUGCUUCAGCUGUGUCUCUUAGCCAUCACAGAGAAGGGGAACAACCCAACGCUAGCGGGGACGGAGGCCAUUGUGAUCGGCAUCCUCGUUGUCAUCAUCGGAGUAUCCCUGGGCAUGAACUCGGGAUAUGCCAUCAACCCAUCCCGGGACCUGCCUCCCCGCUUCUUCACCUUCCUCGCUGGCUGGGGCUCACAGGUCUUCAGCGCCAGGGACUGGUGGUGGGUGCCGGUGGUGGCACCACCCCUGGGUGCCUACUGCGCGGCCAUGAUGUACGCGAUCUUCAUCGGUUUCAACAAACGACAGGAGCCCCAGGUCCUGGAGAAUCCCAAGAUGUCUGAAGACCGCAGAAUAUCUGUGUUGCCCAAGACCGUGUCUCACCAGUACGGGGUCUCUUCCCUCACGCCUGUCUCUGUGUACCCCGAAGACAGACCCUCAGUCUUGCACCACCCCUAAGUGACUCCAUCUGCCUAGAGCCCCUCUAAGACUAUUUGUGAGCCUACAUCCACCCCAAUAAAGAAAGCCUUGUCCCA